AUGGUUGGGCAGAAUGGAAAUCAGAACAGUCAUCACUCCAAGUUGUCAGAUUUUCAAAGAACCAAGCCUCCCAGUUUCAGUCAGGUUAUUGAUCCCUUGGACGCAGACGACUGGUUGCAAACCAUUGAGAAGAAGCUUGAGAUUGCUCGUACUGAAGAGGAUGACAAAGUUCCGUUUGCAACUCAUUAUCUUGAAGGCGCUGCCGCCAUAUGGUGGGAAAAUGCAAAAGCCAUGUGGCCUGCUGAUGAGGCAAUCACCUGGGCAAAAUUCAAGGACCAGUUCCGAAAAUAUCAUACUCCUACUGGAAUUAUGAAGGUCAAGCAGCGUGAAUUCCUCGCGCUCCUCCAAGGAAGUCAGUUUGUGAGUGAGUAUUUGCACAAGUUCAACCAUUUGGCCCGUUACUCCCUUUAUGAUGUGGCCACCGAAGAAAGAAAGAUUGACAUGUUUCUUGGGGGAUUAAACCAACAUCUCCGAUGCACACUCAGUAUGUUUGAUUUCCCAGAUUUCCAAACUCUGGUAAAUAAGGCUCUCAUUGCUAAAAGGGAGCACAAGCUUAUACAUGACAAUAAGCCUGCAAAUAACGAUCACAAGCGCAAGUUCGAGCCAAGGAAGGAAGUGCAACCAGUGCAAAAGGCCCGUACCUGGCAGCAUACUCAGGUAGAGUACAAGCCCAAUUUGCAGCAGAAUGUUAACAAAACCACCACACAAGUCAAGAAUUUCAUGACCAAUCUGGUGCGAGAAGAGUGCCAGCACAACAAUUCUUGUUUUAGUUGUGGGCAAACCGGACAUUAUGCCGGACAGUGUCCCAAGAACAGCAAGACCAAUGCUCCAUUCAGGCCACAAGUCAACUUUAUGGGGCCAUACCCUAUCCAGCAAAACAUCACUGGGCAAGUCCAUCACCUCUCCGCAGACGAAGCCCAAGAGAACCCCGAAUUCGUCAUUGGUGAAGAAGAGCACAAAGGACACCUCAGAGCUAUAUUGCAACGAUUCUGCGACCAUCAGCUGUACGCCAAAUUCAGUAAAUGCGAGUUUUGGCUCAAGCGAGUUGGAUUUCUUGGGCAUGUGCUGUCCGCAGAAGGGUUUUCCAAGAUUGCCAAACCUAUGGUGGAGUUGCUCAAGGAAGAUAAGAAGUUUGAAUGGACUGAGGACUAUGAGAAAAGUUUCAAUGAGCUGAAAAUCCGGCCGACGACAUCACCUGUGUUGACUCUUCCAGACAUCUACCGCAGCUUUGAUGUGUACUGUGACGCUUCCCGACAGGGUCUUGGAUGCGGCUACCAAAGACUCAACGAGGCAAUGAUGCAGUAUGGGUCAUAG